AUGAUCGAAUUAGAAUACAAAAUACAACCUAAAGCCUUAUUUCCUCGUCUUAAAUAAAAAUCCAUUAAUGAUAAUACUAUGUAUACAAUCUAAUUACUACGUAAAACCAUUCAUCAACUUACUAAUAUAUAUUCUGAACCUAAACCCACUGAGAUGGCAUCCAAAAUGCUUCCUGCACAUAAAAUUAAAAGAUUAAAUCAUUCAUACAUCAAAAACUAUUCUCAAAACUAUAAUAGUUAAUCAUUUGAUUUGCACUAAAAGGCUUCUACUUAAACUAUCCCUUAUUAUUUCAUUGAUAAUAAGAAAGGGUAAUCAGAUAAUUACAAAAUUAAAAUCACAAACUCUCCUAAUCUACCAUUCAAUUCAAUCCAUAUUUUCUAACAACAAUAUAGAAAUAAGCUUCAAACCAUUGAUAUAACUAACAGGUUCAAAAAUCUCAAAAAUAAAGCAUUAUCCUAAAAAUACAGAAAAAGAAAUAAAUCUGUCUCUCAUUAAAAAUGA